AUGAGUUUACAUUCAACGUCUCGUCAUUUUAUACCUCCUGCGUUCGGAAUUGAAGGCAACGGAAGAAUCGGAAACCCACUUACGAUUCCAAGUGUGGUACAGAUCAAACCAAAAACGACAGCCUGUCAAAAUAAAUAUUGCUUAAAAUAUCUUUAUUCAGAGUUAUUUGCUACCGCCAUUGAAGAUGCUAUAAUCGCAUACCGAAUCUUAGCCGAAAGCAAUAGUGAAAUGCGCAUACAAAAGACCCUUAGCGAUAUGCCAAUUCUUCUAGCCAAGAAGUACAGUGUAGAGCAGCCAGCGUUUGCCGACGAACUCGACAGUAUCGACGCGAAUAAUCUUAAAUGUACCAGCUAUAAACUUAACAAACUGAAUAACGAUAGAUUAUUGUUUUCUGACAUACUCAUAGCCACAUAUUUAGGGUUGUCCCUUCUAGAAAAUUGGAAAGCGUUGGCUGAUAGAAACAACGAUCAUGCAUCAAUUGAGCGAAAUCGGUUGAACCUUAUAGAAGAGGAAGCAAAAAAUCGAAAUAAUCUUCGCGAACUAAUGAAGCAGUACAGACAGCAACGCAAUCACAUAAAAUCCGUUACGUACGAUACUAACGUUGUUAUUGAGCAUCUGAAAUCUCAAGUUGAAGAUUCAGCUAUAAAUGCCGAAGCUCGAAGCCGCUACAUGGACGGUUGGCAGCGGGCGCGCACCGAACAGCAUGUACAGAUGAUAAACGACGUAGAAGCGUCCCCGACGAAUUCCAUAGAGUACUAUAAACACAGAAUGGACAGUGAGCAAAGAGUCCACCACGAAAUUGAACUGCUCCUAAAUAUAAAGAUCGGAGAAAUUCUCGCGAAAGUUGAAUCGUGGAUGAACAAAUACGACGCAGAUAUGGAAAAGAUAGAACUGAAGAUACAGCACAAGCAGAAUGAGCAUCAAAAGAUAUUUGAUAAGAGAGUGGAGCUUGAGGAAACGCUGGAGAAACAUCAGAAGCUGAUGCAGAAUUGGCAGAAGUUCAAAGAUGACCGAGAAGAGGCCCGCUUAUUCGAGGAGAAAAUGAACAACGCCGCGGUUACAGUGCAGUCCUGGUGGAGAGGUCUGCUGGUCAGGCUCGAGCUUGGGCCAUACAAACCGGUCAAUAAACCGGUCAAACCCGCUGAGAAGAAAAAAAAGACCAAAUAGAACAAAC